AGCGUAGCUGACUUCCUCGAGAUUGGUCAACACGGCUUCACGCCGAGUUUAAUGCCGGACUUCGGCUCUAACUCUAAAGAUGCAUGUGAUCGAACAUCCUGUGGAGGGACUGCGCUCAGCUCUACGGUCCACUCGGAAAGAUCUAAUAGAAACUUACGAGAAGUACAGCAAAGAGGAAAAGAGCUUACUUGAGGGGUGUCUCAUACCUGGCAAUUCACUCUUCAGUCCCAUCACUUUUCACUCCCAUUCAGACUGGAUUCCCUCACACCCUGAGACGCCUCAGGACUUUCAGAGUUUCUACAGCAACCCUUAUCGCCGGACUCCUAACAAGGGCCAUACGACCAUUUAUAUACAGACUAUUGGUUCUUUUGGAGAAGGAGUUGGAAUCACUGAGCAGUACGUGGAGUGGUUAAGGGAAUACUGCCAAGCGUUUUUCUAUGGGCUGGUGGUUGAGUUCCUACCAGCAGUGACUGUUGCUUCCACAAGUUGCACCUUCCGUGUCAACAGCAAUUCAUACAACCUUCAACUUCAUGCUGGGGAGCUGCUGGGUUUCCUGAAAAAGAGGAAGCCAAAGGAUGCAUUUUGUAUUGUGGGGAUCACCAUGAUUGACCUGUACCCAAGAGACUCCUGGAAUUUUGUUUUCGGUCAAGCAUCUCUGACUGAAGGAGUGGGAGUUUUCAGCUUUGCUCGGUAUGAUGAUGACUUUUACAAAAGAAGCUACGCGGGCCGGCUGAAAAAGGCCAUGAAGCCCAAGCCAGGGGACUACAGUGUGUUCCAGGGCUACUACACACCUCCCAUCACCAGCAAGCUGCUCCUCCGCUCGUGUAAGACCCUGACCCAUGAGAUUGGACAUAUAUUUGGUGUCCAGCACUGCCAGUGGCUGCAGUGUGUCAUGCAAGGCUCCAAUCAUUUAGAGGAAUCAGACCGUCGGCCAAUGGAUGUCUGCCCCAUCUGCCUAAGAAAACUACAGUCUGCCAUUGGCUUUAAGAUAGCCGACAGAUACAAGGCGUUACUGUGCUGGAUAGACACUGGAGAAGGUGUUUCUGCACUGCACUCCGGCAAACCCACUGAGUCUUUCCAAGACUUCAGACAGUGGUUAUGUAAGUGUUUGAGCAUUCUGCGAGAUUAAAUAUUUUAACUAUGUAAAGAUGAUGAUAAACAGAAAUGCUACUGUUUGAUAUAUGAGGCGUUUGGAGAAUCUGAAUCAAGCCCAAAUACCUUUUUUGCCUCUCUGUAUUUGCACGUUGAAUGUACAUGACCGUUUUAGUUCAGUUUGCUGCAAAAUACUUUCAUGUAAAAUUAGACAAAGGAUUUGCUUUAAAGUUUAAAAUAUCCAAGUUUUAUUGUUCUUUUAUUGCUGUUCAAAAAUAAAACCACUAACAAUU